CUUUGGUCCACGUGAUCCACAGUGCCAUACCUGUUUGCUUCCCACUCACACAAUCGAUCAAAUCAUUUACCUAAAAAAACGGAUCAAAUUGAUUCCUCUUUGAUUUUCGAGCAAAAUUAUUGUAUUUAUAGUAUCACUCACAGAGAUACCCAUAAUAGCAUCUCUCGAAAUUUCCAUGUGCUGCUGCAACAACAGCAACAACAACAAAAAAAAAGGCGAGCGAAUAACGUUUAAAAUUUCAAAAAAAAGAAAGAAGGCUUUUGGACUUUUUGGAGGUUUCCCUUUUUGAGAUUUGAAAUUUAAACAAAGAAAGAGAGAAAUUUCAGAGAUUCCCGAUCCUCUGUUUUUACUUUUAAGACUUGUAACGUUCAAGGAGAAAGACUAGUUCGAACUUGGAAGCAACUCUGCUAGUGCUUAAGAAGGAAAGACAAUGGUACAAGGUAUUCUCUGUUUCUCGCUCUAUAUAUGUUGUGUGCCACUGCGAACAAGAUCUCCAACCAAUGAGAGAAUUGAGUGAAUGGGUGGUAAGAGUUCCAAGGACGGGAGUUGGGGGCGAACUUCAUCUAUCCGUUCGACUGCUUCUUCUUCUUCUUCUUCUAAUACGUGGGGUGGAUUAUAUCAGUAUCCGUUCGACCAAGAAAGUCAGAACUAUGCGCCGCCCCAACAUUCGUAUACGCAGCAGUAUCAUGCUCCUGCCCAAGACUAUGGUUCACAAAAUUAUGGUGUUGGUGCCGAGGACUUUGAUCUCAGAAGGAGACUAGACAGGAGGUAUUCAAGAAUUGCUGAUAAGUUCAAUUCAUUGGAGCAGGUGACUGAGGCUCUUGCACGUGCUGGCCUUGAGUCUUCCAAUCUUAUUGUUGGCAUUGAUUUCACAAAAAGCAAUGAGUGGACAGGUGCAAAAUCAUUCCAGAAACGAAGUUUGCAUCAUAUUGGAGGUGGCUUAAAUCCCUAUGAACAAGCUAUAUCCAUUAUUGGGAAGACAUUGUCCGCAUUUGAUGAGGAUAACCUGAUUCCAUGUUUUGGAUUUGGAGAUGCAUCAACACAUGAUAGAGAUGUAUUCAGUUUCUACCCAGAUGGGAGAUUUUGUAAUGGAUUUGAGGAAGUGUUGAGGCGCUACAGGGAAAUAGUCCCAAAAUUACGACUUGCAGGACCAACUUCGUUUGCACCUGUAAUUGAGAUGGCCAUGACCAUCGUGGAGCGGAGUGGGGGCCAAUAUCAUGUGUUAGUAAUAAUUGCAGAUGGACAGGUAACGAGAAGUGUUGAUACUGAGCAUGGAAAGCUGAGUCCACAAGAGCAGAAGACUGUCGAUGCCAUUGUUGAAGCAAGCAAGUUUCCUUUGUCAAUCAUAUUAGUUGGAGUUGGAGAUGGACCUUGGGACAUGAUGAAGGAAUUUGAUGACAAUAUUCCUGCUAGGGAAUUUGAUAAUUUUCAAUUUGUGAAUUUUACAGAAAUUAUGUCAAAAAAUGUUGCUCCAGCUCGAAAGGAAACAGAAUUUGCUCUUACAGCCUUGAUGGAAAUUCCUUCUCAGUAUAAGGCAACUAUAGAGCUUAAUAUACUAGGUGGUCAGAAGGGCACUUCUCCUGGGAGGGUUCCCCUACCCACACCUAUCUAUGGUACAACAUCUUCCAGUAGUUCCAGCAGCUUGAAACCUUCUUAUUCUUCCAGCAGUUAUGAACCAACACCUAUCUAUGGUACAACAUCUUCCAGCAGCUUGAAACCUCCUUAUCCUUCCAGCAGUGCACCGAGUGUUCCUCCUUAUCAUGAAGAUAUCAACCCUACGAGCACAGCUCCACCUGUUCCUACUUCCACUUAUGAAAACCAGCUUUGCCCCAUUUGCCUUAGUAAUGUCAAGGACAUGGCCUAUGGUUGUGGACACCAGACAUGUUGCGAUUGUGGAGAAGACCUUGAGAUAUGCCCAAUAUGUAGGAGGAAAAUUGAAACCAGAAUAAGGCUCUACUAAAUAGUGUUCUAUUUCCUUCCAAAUUUGUUUUCAUGCACGAAAUUCUUUGUAGUUAGUCAAUUUCAUCAUCCUUUGUAAUUAAACAUUUUAGAUUUCUAAAGAAUGAUUGUAAAUUGAUUUAUAAAUGCCGGAAAACAUGCAUUCCGGCUUGAUCUUUGUUUCUUUUGCACAAAACUGUUCGAUUAGAUUUGGUGUUGCGCGAGAAAUCUUAUUGCUUAGGAUAUGAAUGACAGUUUUGCUAGUGAUA